AUGUGGAUGGAGGAGCACAACCUCACCGCGGUGACCGAGUUCAUUCUGCUGGGCAUCACAGACCGGCCCGAGCUGCAGGCUCCACUGUUCGUGCUGUUCCUUGUCGUCUACCUGACCUCGCUGGUGGGCAACGUGGGCAUGAUCGUGCUCACCCAGGUGGACUCCGGGCUGCAAACACCCAUGUACUUUUUCCUCAGACACUUGGCCAUUACUGAUCUUGGUUACUCUACAGCCGUGGGACCCAAAAUGUUGGCAAAUUUUGUUGAAGAUGAAAAUACAAUCUCUUAUUAUGUUUGUGCAACACAGCUGGUUUUCUUUGUUGUGUUCAUUGUUAGUGAGCUUUUUAUUCUGUCUGCCAUGUCCUAUGACCGCUAUGUGGCCAUCUGUAACCCUCUACUCUACACUGUCAUCAUGUCCCCAAGACUAUGUUGGGUUCUUGUGGUGAUUCCCUAUCUCUACAGCACAUUUGUGGCUCUCCUAAUUACCAUAAGGAUUUUCACUUUAUCCUUCUGUGGACACAAUGUCAUCAGUCAUUUCUAUUGUGACAGUCAACCCUUAUUAGCGUUGCUCUGCUCAGAUACUCACGAAAUUGGACUGAUAAUUCUGAUCUUAGCCAUUUUUAAUUUGAUUUCCUCCCUUCUGGUUAUCCUCGUGUCCUACCUGCUCAUCUUUGUGGCCAUUCUCAGGAUGAACUCCACAGAGGGCAGGCGCAAGGCCUUCUCCACCUGUGGGUCCCACCUGACCGUGAUCUCAGUUUUCUAUGGGACUUUGACAUUUAUGUACGUGCAGCCCAGGGCCAGUCACUCCAGUGACACUGACAAAGUGGCUUCCAUAUUUUAUACGUUGGUCAUCCCCAUGUUGAAUCCAUUGAUCUACAGCUUGAGGAAUAAAGAUGUAAAAUGUGCUCUUCAUAGGACUUGGAAAAAGAUAUGCAAAUUUUUCCUUUAA